UGGCCUAUGCAGUGCUAGACUAUCAUCACCCCCCUUUUCUUCUUAUAGUCGUGGUUCAAGGUAAUGGACUAGUCCCCCUGCGUGGGGAUACAUGCAUGUUGACUGGUCACCGGGUUUUAUCUUGGGGCCCCUAUCCGCAGGGUUCAUACGUCAAGAUUAUACAUAUAUAUAUAUAUGUGCUAGUAUAUGCUAUGCCGAUUAUCUUAUCACCUAUAUCCAACAAAUACGCUUUGAUCCUAGAAGUUUACAACGAUUACAAUUCUCCGUGACGAAAGGCUCAGUUAUUUAUCCCGUACUGCUAGGUACCUACUUAUACAAACAGCUGUCGACAAUAUGGGCUCUACUUCUCAAGACACUUAUGUCCUCCCUGAGGCUACGGCUCCUUCGUUAGUCCUCGCUCAUCCAACUGAUACCGAGAAACACCGAACCUGGACUCUCAACCAUAGAGAAUGGGGUGGUGCUCUAACUCUCGAGGAGUACCUGAAGCGAGAGCCGUACCUCACUACUAUCCCCUUAACACGCGACGGCGGUAUGACACACUGGAUUCUCACAGACUCGUCUUGGUCGGCAGAUAGCGGGGGAAACCGUCCGGUUCUCGCGUCAUGCGAGUCUAUUAGAAAGCGUGUGUUAAUUGCUUGCCCAAGAGAUAACGCGGUACACGAUGGCGUGGGCCACGGUAUCGGGUCCGUCUUUACGUAUCCCGAAUUCCGCGGGAACCGGUACGCAGCGCGUAUGCUCAACGAGCUGGGCCCUGCGCUGAGGAAAUGGCAAUCUCACGGCCGCGAUGCUGCGUGCUCGGCUCUUUGGUCUGAUAUUGGCAAGGCAUACUACGCGAAAAAGGGCUGGGCCGCGUUCCCCAGUCUACACGUCGAAUUCCCAGCAUCCACCAACCAGACUGGAGAAAACGGGAAGAGCAAAGUCUCGCCUAUAACAUACGAUAACCUAGAACCCCUCUGCCGACGAGAUGAGCAGCUCUUAAAAGAAAAGCUCCUACACACAGCGCAACAAACAAGCCGCACAAGCGUAGCGUUCGCCCCCGACCACGAUACCCUGCGGUGGCAUCUCUAUAGAGACGACUUCAUCGCCUCCAUCCUCUUCAAAUCAACCCCGUCCCCACCGCAAGAAACCUUCACCAGAGGCGCCCUAGCCGGCCCCGAAGGCCAUCGUGUCUGGGCCGUCUGGUCGCGGAACUACUACGGGAGCAGCGGUGCCCCGGCUGACAACGUCGAUAAAAACACGCUGUACAUACUACGGCUAGUCAUCGAGCCCGAAUCCACAGAAGCGGGAAACGAGACUCCGAGCGAGGAUGUGGGGGAGGCGUUUGGGGCUGUGGUGCAGGCUGCGCUGCGAGAGGCUUCCCGCUGGCAUCUGGGAAAAGUCGAUUUGUGGAAUCCGUCGCCUACUGUCAAGAAAUUGAUUGGUAGCAGCAGGUUGCAGCAUCGUUGGGUAGAAAGGGAUGAGGAUAGCAUACCCAGCAUGAUGUGGUACGGAGACGAGGAUGUUCGCAAUGUCGAGUGGGUUGCGAAUGAGAAGUACUGCUGGUGCUAAGAAAUACGAUUCAAUACGAGACGAGACGGGAGUAGGGUCCAAAGAACGAAGAAACAGAACAGCACAAUUAGAGCGAAAAGGGGCAUGCAAACAGGCUGGAUUAGAAUGAGUUCAUUAAGUAUUGGCAACAGCCAUCCGGGGUAUCUAUAGAAACUUGCUCCGAGCAGACCUGGGACAGGGAUAUCAUUAUAGGAGCUGGCUAGAGUAGUCUUUCCAGUCAACACGGGUGUGGAUAGACUAGGUAGGUAGCUUCUCAAUCACCAGCUCCCUAUAACCAAUCCUGUCAGCCAUAUGUUAGGAUGUAGGCAACCGUGCCUUGCUAUAACCUCGGCUGUCUGAUCGGAAAGGCUGAAUAGAAGAAAGAAGACUCUUUAGUAGAGAAUAAACUAAAACACACACAUACACUCCCCCCC